AUGUCUGAGCCCUCGAAGAUGAACGGCAACUACAACUCGGUCGCUGGUACCGUCAAGGAGACCAUCGGCAACGCCACCGGCUCCACCGAGUGGCAGAAGGCCGGCAAGGAGCAGCACGCCAAGGGCGAGGCUGAGAUCAAGGCCGCCGAGGCCAAGGGUUACGCCGAGGGUACCAAGGACCAGGUCUCGGGCAAGGUCGACAACGUCGUUGGCUCGAUCACCGGCAACAAGUCCAAGGAGAUGGAGGGCAAGGCCCGCGAGGAGGCUGGCAAGGCCCAGAAGGAGAUCAACUCCUAA